CACAAGUGUUCGUCGUUCGAGUCAAAAUAGAAUUAGUUGCAAAUGGCGUCUCAAAGGGUUUGGGUCACUCCUUUUUUACUCUGACGUUUACUAUGAAUUCACGUAAUUUUUUUGCAUUUGACUUUUGGGUUCCGGGCAAAAUCAACAACCUGAACAUCCUCCGUGCAAUUGCACAAAGCAUUUCAACAGGUUUAAAAUUGGAUUUUUAAUUCAAUUCAACCACAAACCCACACAAUUAUAACGUUAAAAUGAGCUGGAAUAGAGUUAAUGUUGGGGAGACAAAUGGAUUAAAAGAAGAUAUCCCAAGCACAUCAUGGGAGGUGCCUCUGACUCAACAGCACAUGGUCCACGAGGCGAUGCCAAUCCUGGUUCCAACACCCAUCAAAAUACCACCUCCUGUCCCAUUAGAUCAUGGUCAGAUUGUCAACCCUCAUCUCGCUCAGCCUCCACAUGGUCUUAUUGCUAAUUACAUUGAUGGUGAAUUAACACCUGAACUCAUCCAGCAAGGAUGGAGGAAACACUGGAGUAAAAGGGAAAAUAGACCUUACUUCUGGAAUAAACUCACAGGCGAAUCUUUUUGGGAAGUCCCAAGUAUGAAGCCACAGUUUGACCCUGUGACUGAUCCUUUAGGGAUUGCACCGACUCCUAUGCCAGCAUUGCAGCAGGCUGUAAAACGAAGGUCAUCUGAUGAAGGUCUUGGUAGUCCUUUACCAAAAAAAUUUGCUUUAGCUGGGCCAUGGGAUUUAGAUGUACAUACCAAUGCAAUUAUUUAUGAAAGAACACCUAUAAACAUUCCUCACCCACAUCCUGUAGUAGAAAUGUACCGGUGCACUCUUGCCACUAAGCUCAGAAAUUGUUAUCAAGAACUCUGUCAUGCAAGAGAAAAUAUAGAUGCACCUAAGGAUUCUUUUAACAGAUGGCUUGUUGAGAGAAAAAUUGUUGAUACUGGCACAGAUCCUCUUCUUCCAAGCCAAUGCUACCCUGAAAUAUCCAUGUCUAUGUAUAGGGAGAUAAUGAACGAUAUUCCAAUGAAGCUUAUACGACCAAAAUUUACUGGUGAUGCUAGAAAACAGCUUUCAAGAUAUGCAGAAUCUGCAAAAAAACUUAUUGAAUCUAGGAAUGCAUUGCCGGAAAGUAGAAAAGUUGUUAUGUGGAAUGUCGAGGACACUUUUAACUGGUUGAGAAGGACUGUCGGAGGCUCAUUUGAUGACUUCCAAGACAGGCUUGCACAUUUGAGGGAACAAUGCCAACCUCAUCUAACAGAGACUUGUAAGGAAUCAAUUGAAGGCAUUUGCCUUAAAAUUUAUCAUCUUGCUUCAGACUAUGCCAAGAAGGUUAAAGAAAAGCACUUAGACCUUUUGAAAGAACAAGGAAUUCCAGAGCCUAACUAUCAUCAAAUUGAGCACUGUUCAAGGAAAGUGUGGUGUUAUCCAGUUCAGUUUAGUACUCCUUGCCCGAGAUUACCACAGGUUGAUUUCUUUAGUGAAAGGGAUCAAACAGCUCUCAGAUUUCAAACAGACACUCCACUUUGUUUAAACGCUCAACACUUGCAAAAACUGGAAUUUUUGUAUAAAAUGAGCUGCUUUGAUGACAAAAAAAUGGAACUGUUCCUUCCGAGGGUCUGGAUGGUCCUGAAGCGUUAUAACACCUAUUUAGGUGGCUCGCAUUCAACUCAAACGGCUCUUCCUGUCUCAGUUUUUGAAUGUUUAAAUAAAGUGUUUGGGGUGACAUUUGAAUGCUUUGCAUCCCCUCUUAAUUGUUAUUUUAAACAGUAUUGUUCAGCUUUUCCUGAUACCGACUCUUAUUUUGGUUCACGAGGACCAAUUUUGGACUUAAAAGCCGUGUCUGGUUCAUUUGCUGCUAACCCUCCUUAUUGUGAAGAAUUGAUGGAGGCAACAGUAACACAUUUCGAACGUUUAUUGAGCGAUUCUACUGAAGCUCUAUCAUUCAUCUUUUUUAUUCCUGAAUGGAGGGAUCCGACAUCACAAGCUCUGCUGAAGCUGGAAGCCUCGGUAUUUAAAAGAAAGCAGGUUGUAGUCCCCAGCUAUGAACACGAAUACAGGCAUGGUUUUCAACACAUGUUACCGAAAACUGAGGUGAACGUGAAAUCUGCCCAUGGUACUGUUGUCAUUUGGCUGCAAAACAAUGCUGGAUUCCAGUUGUGGGGGCCUGUAGAAGACAGGGUGGAAUUGUUGUUAGAAUCGUUUAGACCAGGACGAGAAAGGGAAAGGGACAGGAUGGAUCUGCGAAGUCCACAAAGAGUGGGAGGUGAAAUAGUGCCUCAAACUCCAACACAAGAAAAACCAAUUUAAGUAAUUUAAAGUAAAUUACAUUCUUGUACAAAAAAUAUUAACGCUUGAAUUUAGAAAAUUUGAGGAUUGUUAAGUUUUUUGAUGCCAAAGUUCAUUUUAUCGUUAAAAGAAUUUUAUUUUUUGAAUGAAUUAUCUUUGAAUUUAUAACAUACAAAUUAAGAACAACUUGCAUGUUUCAUUUAUUCGGUGUUAAUCUCAUUUGAAAAUCAUAUUAAGUUUUAAAACAAACAUAAACGGCAAUCUAAUUCUAAUUAAUACUUUUUUUAAUAAAUUGAAACAUCACUUCAUUUUUUUAUAGGAGUGAAGUUUAACAAAAUAUAUACCACAUAUACUAAUAUUAAUCACUUACAUGCACAUAUCUACUGGGAGAAAAAAAAUUGUGUGUGUUGUUUUGCAGUGUGAAAGAAUGAAAACAAUCAUUGUCAUAAUGUUACAUAAAAUUUUAAAAAAUAGUAAGAAGGUAAAGUUAAGUGCAUGGCCUUUAAAUAGUAGGAAUAAUAACUUAGAAGACAUUCCUAACCCGUUACAAGAAUAUAUUAUUAGGGUAUGAUUAUGGGUCCAGAAUAAUUUUUAUUGCCUUUCAAGACUGAAAAAAAAUUGUUUUUGAACCACAGAUAUAAAAGGUUUACAUUGUACGAGGUGGGAAA